AUGGUCAUGAGUCAGUUGUUCUCGAUAUUUGCUCGAAUAUUGCGACAAAUAUGUUAUAUUGGUAUUAUAUUGUUAUUUAUACCAUUAGCCAUAUUGUAUGGUAUUGACUUUUUUGUGUAUAUCCUUAGACUGAUAACCUUUAGUACUAGAUGGUUAAGUUUUAGAGCAGUGAAUCCUGAGAGGAACAGGCAAAAAUCUAGCCUACAGAAAUAUGUCAAGAAAAAAGAUAAGAUGAGUAAGCAAGUGAACGCUGGUAUCGUUUUCGUGCUGUCGAACGUACGGACUAAAUUAAGUGAAUAUUUCUUGAAUUCCCGUCAUUUGAAUCCAAAUCAGGGGGAAUCGAUAAGUAACAAGAGAUGUUCAGAAUUUCCCAAUAAAACAGGUACAAAAGAGCACAUUUCCAUGGGGAAAGUCAAUGUCAUUGGGUAA